AUGUACAACGGCAUCGGCCUCGCCACCGUGCGCGGCUCGGGCACAAACGGCUACGUCUCUCGCAACCUGGCGCACGUCUCGGCGACCCGGUCGGCGCAGCUCAAGGCGGGCGUCAAGGACAGCGGCGCCGGCGGGCUCCACAACAUGGAGCGGCCCGGAGACCGGCCGAAGCGCGCCAACCCGGAGAUUCUGCUGCACAACCGGAAGCGCGAGGUCGAGGCCAAGUGCCUGCGGCUGCAGGAGGGGCUCGAGGGGCAGGGCGUGCCGGACGACGAGGAGCGCGAGACGAACGCGCUCAAGGAGGCGCUCGGCAUCUCGUCAGCGUACGUGGGCGGCUCUGCGUUUGACCGCGAGGCGCAGGAGCGGGAGAAGGCGGAGCGGCAGGCGCGGCGGGAUGCGGAGGAGGCGGAGCGGGCCUCGCUCCUCGCCGAGCUCGAGCGCGAGCAGGCGCGCGAGGAGCGGCAGCGCGCCAAGGAGGCGAGGCGGCGCGACAAGGAGGAGCGGCGCGCCGAAAAGAAGCGGCAAAAGAAGAGCCGCGGGGUGAGCGGCGGCGGCUGA